ACUUUAAAAUGGCGGAAACAUGAUGGAAGCCCUUAAUGACACUGCCCAUGCAAAGACAGCCUUUUGGCUACCAAAUGCCUCUAUCAUUUUCUAUGGCUCUUCACUGCAGAGAGAGCGAAAGAGAGAGGGGAGUGGGUAGGCUUGUUAUGAACUAGUAGGCAAACAUUUGAGUAAUUCUCCGCGCGCUGGGCAUUAUUGCACAAGUGGUCCCGUGGAGGGGUCCCUAGCCCUACAACGAGUAGAGACAAGCCCGUGAGUUCCAAGAAAGCGACCGUGCGGUGCAGCCGGAGCAGAAGGCAGGUCCAACUAUUUAAACAAGUGUUUAGAAAUCGGUGAUUCCUCUCUGAUUUCGCCCGCAGUUGCGCAUUCCAGAGGGGAGCCGUAGCGGAUGCACCAAGCCUCAGCACUCCACGCAUAAUUUAUUUAUUCAUUCAUUUCCUAUCACCAGUGACUGCUGCCAACUGAAUACGUCUGAGUGGUUGAGGGAUAGAUAGCUCUUUGUUUUCGUCCCCCGUCGCCCUCUCUACUUGCUCUAGAACUUCUAACCAAGCUGAUUAAGGAUGGACGGGAACCGAACCAUCGACCCAAGCUGCAGUGAAAAACCUCCCGUGGCCAUCGACAUCCUUCUCCAGUUGGACAUCUUUGGUAUCAUCCUGUACUCAGUGCUGACCUUCAUGGCAGCGGUGUCCAUGCUGGUCUACAUAGAGGAGUGUUGGUACAUCUACCGGAAGGUUCCCUCCAACAAGAAGAGCGCCAUCAUCUGGGUCAAUGGGGCAGCGCCGGUGAUUGGCACCAUGUCCUGUCUGGGGAUGUGGAUUCCCCGAGCCACCAUGUUUACUGACAUGACCUCCGCCUGCUACUUUGCGAUCGUAGUGUUUAAGUUCCUGGUGUUAAUGAUCGAGGAGGUGGGGGGUGACGAGGCGUUUCUACGGCGAGCAGGGAGGAACAAAUUGAAGAUCAGUACUGGUCCCUGUUGCUGCUGCUGCCUCUGUCUACCCCAUGUUAACAUCACACGACGGAGUUUGUUCCUGCUGAAGUUGGGGUCAUUUCAGUUCGCCCUGAUGAAGGUUGUCUUCACCAUUCUGUCAGUCAUCCUCUGGACCAAUGGCAACUUCGACGUUACAGAUACGGCGGUAACAGGAGCGUCCAUCUGGAUAUCCCUGGGAGUGGGGGUCCUGACCAUCAUAGCACUGUGGCCUGUAGCCAUCAUGUUCAUGCAUCUCAGGACCACGCUGCGCAGCCUCAAGAUCAUUCCCAAAUACGCCAUGUACCAGCUGGUGCUAGUGCUGAGUCAGCUCCAGUCUGCCAUCAUCAACAUCCUGGCUAUGAUGGGAACUAUCGCCUGCACCCCGCCAUACUCCUCUCAGGCCAGGGGAUACUUGAUGAGUCAACAGUUGUUAAUCCUGGAGAUGUUCAUCAUCACCUUGGUAACCCGCCUGUUGUAUCGUCGCCAAUACGAGCCACUCCCUGACGACGAGCAUGAUGACGACCACACUAAGAUUGGUCUAUCAGCCGAGAGAACUCUGGCAUAGCGUGAGGAAGAGAGAAACUGUGUGUGUGCGUGCGUGCGUGCGCAUAUGUUUAAGGGAGAAUUAUGUGGGAUCAGGAUCCGUUGGAGAAUACUGAUAUAUUCUCAUGUGUGUAUAUGGACUAAACUGACAGAACACAAUGGACGACCUGAGCUUGUUGUGUUCUGUUACACCGAAUUGUCCAAUAAGAAAUCAGUUCAGUACUUUCCUUGGUGAGCGAAGGGGUUAAGAUGGAUCAGAGUUCUUCAUCUCUCAGCCAGUGUGUUUGGAUGUGAUAGUGUUGUUGUUGUUGUGUAACUGUAAUAUACGAAUGAUUUCAGAAAUGUAUUUUUAUCACAAGUUAUAUGUUUUGCGAACUUUGUACUUGUAUCAUAAUGAUCCAUUUAUAAUGUAUACUCUUUUUCUCACGUUUUAA